AUGGAUACUACAGAACAAAGAAAUCAAGAACGCGAAAACAUCUCAACCUUUGUUGACCUAUUCGUCUUCACCCUCAUUCCGUUAAUAAUAUUUAAAGGAAAGAGUCACUUCAAUCAAAUCAAAUUUGUUACAGAACUUACAUUCUAUAUAUUCGGCUAUGAUUCUAUUCUUAUAAUAAAUCGCGAAAAGUCUCAAUCUAUCGCUCUUCUCAUUGUGUGUGUUGUCAUUCCAUCCAUACUUCAUGUAUUGUACAUGACAUUUGUGUGGAUAGAUUUCUCCAGAUGCAAGAAACAUUAUGAAAAUCGAAAAAUAAUGCAUCCAGCAAUAAGAGAAAAUGGCUCUAUUUCUGUGGAAGGAAUGUAUGAUACCUGGAUAAUGCAUGCGCAGAUUUUUGGCACGGUCCUCGUACUUAUGGCCAUGCUCGUCGUUCCGAUAAUUUCUGGUUAUUUCAUGUAUUAUCAUCACGUGUUUGAGACAGUGGACUUCUUCGUCAUGCAUACAUUAGCAUCCUCCAUCCUUGUUGUCUUGUUUCUUUACUAUCUCUUUUAUCAUGAUAACAUUAGUGAUAUGAUGCUGAUAUAUUACUUGGUCUUCUCUCUUUCACAUUUAACUAUGUUGAUUGUCUCAGAUACGUUGUACUUAAAGACUAGCAUCGGGUGUCUCAUUCUCUAUGCUAUGCGUGGCAUAAACUACAACGAGGAAUUUCGAGAAACGUUACUUAAAUCUAAAUACGAAACGAUAGAAUUGAGCAUCUUAGAGUGGUUAAUUGUUUUGCUUUUGACUAUUCUUAUGCUACCUUUCAUUAUCAUUUUGUCACCUAUUUUUGUUAUUUUCUUUUGUGCUAUUUGUAAUUCCCUGACGAUGGGUGCUGUCUGA